AUGCACCUUUGGAUCUGGUGCGUUCUGCUGGGCGCGACGGCGGCGGCGGCGGGCGCCGUGGAGCUGCUCAGCGGCUACGGAGACGUCUGUCAGAGAGCGUGUGCCUGCGAGGAGAGGGAGGGCAUCCUUACAGUGAGCUGUGAAAACAGAGGGAUCGGAAGCCUCUCUGACAUCAGCCCGGCACACUUCCCUCAGUGUCAUCUGCUGCUUACCGGGAAUCUUUUGGCAAAGCUGUCUGCCAACGAUUUCAUUGACUACAAAGGACUUACAAUCUUACAUCUGGGAAAUAAUGACAUAUCUGAGGUCGAAGCAGGGGCUUUUAAUGGACUUCAGGGAUUAAAACGAUUACAUCUCAACAAUAACAAAAUUGAUGCCUUGAGAGAGGAGCUUUUCUUUGGCCUUGACAGUCUGGAAUAUCUACAAAUUGAUUAUAACUAUAUCACUCAAGUGGCACCAAAUGCCUUCAGCCGACUUCGACAUCUGGAGGUCCUGAUUCUGAAUGACAACUUAAUAUCCACUCUGCCUGUGAACAUUUUCCAGUACGUACCACUGACUCAUUUGGACCUGAGGGGAAACCAGCUCAAAGUUCUGCCCUAUUCCGGGCUGCUGGAGCACAUGAACAGCGUGGUGGAGCUGCAGCUGGAGGAGAACCCGUGGAACUGCUCCUGUGAGCUGAUCGCCCUCAAAACGUGGCUGGAGAGCAUAUCGUACACGGCGCUGGUGGGCGACGUCGUCUGCGAGUUCCCGUUCCGGCUCCACGGCAGGGACCUCGACGAGGUCUCCAAGCAGGAGCUGUGUCCGAGGAGGGCCAUCGCCGAGUACGAGAUGCCGCCGCUGCCGCACCUCAGCACCGAUGCGCACUACAGGACGACGCCGGCGCUGGUCACGGCCUCCCUCACCUCAUCUGGGAUCGCGCGGUCGUCAUCAAGGCCCACCAAGGGCCCCCGGCAGUCAGGCAAGCUAAAAUCAAGACCCACUGCCCGAUUCCCAGCCAACAAACCGCAAAACUAUGGCCAGAUUAUUUCCUAUCAAACCAAAUCCCCCGUGCCUUUAGAUUGCCCAACGGUUUGCACCUGCAAUCUGCAAAUUUCAGAUCUUGGCCUGAAUGUAAAUUGCCAGGAGCGGAAGAUCGAGCAUAUUUCUGACUUAAACCCCAAACCUUAUAAUCCCAAAAAGAUGUAUCUCACAGGCAAUUACAUCCCCGUGGUGCGUCGGUCUGACUUCAUCGAGGCAACGGGCCUGGAUCUGCUGCAUCUCGGUAACAAUCGAAUAGCUCGCAUACACGACAGGGCGUUUGGCGACUUGACCCACCUGCGGAGGCUUUAUCUCAAUGGGAAUCUAAUCGACCACCUCACAGCGGAGAUGUUUUAUGGACUAGACAGCCUCCAGUUCCUAUAUUUAGAGUACAACGUCAUCAAGGAGGUCGCCGCCGACACCUUUCAGCACCUGCCCAAGCUCCAGCUGCUUUUCCUCAACAACAACCUCCUGAAGACGCUGCCGGUGGGGACCUUCGUGGGCCUGACGCUCGCCAGGCUAAACCUCCGCAACAACCACCUGCGCUACCUGCCAGUCAGCGGCGUGCUAGAUCGGCUUACGGCCCUGGUGCAAGUCGAUUUGUUCGAGAAUCCCUGGGACUGCUCUUGUAGCAUCCUGGAGCUGAAGCUGUGGCUGGAGCAGCUUAGCACAGGCACAGUGGUAAACAAUGUCAUCUGUGGCUCGCCUAAGAGGCUAGCUGGGGAGGAUAUGAGAUACAUUAAGACAGCAAAUUUCUGCCCUAAUAACUCUGAAAUACUCGCCUCCAUGAUCCCACCCUCGGAAGAAUCCUUCCCCGGCAGUACCAUCACCAUAGAAACAUCCUUGGACUCGGACACGCCGUACAGCACCAUCCCGCUAUCGGUCAUGAUUCUUGCCCUUCUGCUCAUGUUCAUCCUGUCCGUGUUCAUAGCUGCGGGGCUGUUCGUGGUGACGAGGAAGAGACGUCAGAAGAGUCAAAACGAGCAGAAUAACUCCAUGAACGCCUGCAUCAGCUCCCUCAACAUGGAAUACGGCCUUUACAAAAAGGGAUCCAUCCCCAAGGUGCGAACCUCCGCUGGACACGUGUACGAGUACAUCCCGCCUCCCACAGAACCCGCGUGCAGGACCGCCGCGCACGCGCCCGCCGACAGGAAGUCGGCGGAGGGAUUCAGGGACUUUGACGAGCUGAGUGGCACGUAUCAGGGUAACUCGGAUGAAGAGGCAGCCAGUAAUGUGAUAAGCUCGGAAUACAGUGCCACCACCUCAGAGCCUCUCAACAAGUCCUCCACCCCUCGCCGAGAUGAUCCGACGUACUACAGAGACGCGCACGAGCCUGAGAAGCACGCGCACAGCAGCAAUACACUACCGUGCAGGCACGCAGCACACUCAUCGAGCCAGUAUACCUCAGACUUCGAUGCAAGGCAUCAGUACGGGCACCCAGACAGAAUACAACAGACCAUUCUCUACUGUACAGCACCAAGUACUGUGUACGUGGAGCCCAAUCGGAGCGAGUACUGGGAACUUAAAGCAAAGCUUCACAUUGAUCCUGAUUACCUUGAGGUUCUUGAGAAAAGAACCACAUUUACACAGUUCUAAGAGACGUGAACCCACUGGUGCAAUAUUUCCAUUAUAAUCAGGAACUGGACCAUGAUUUAAAAAAGAACAGCCGUCUAUAAUCUACAGUAUGUAUAGCUGGGAUCCACUGCUUACAGAAUGCUGUCAUAAAGGAAAACACUCAUUUUAAAGUAUCACUUAUCAUUUCAUUUCAUUUUAACGUGUAAACAAGAACAACACAACCUCAGUUUUCUUAUGACUCACCCAGCUUAGAAUAUAUCCUGGAGCUGUUUCAUUGACAAUAACGGGAGGCUGAGCUUUUACUCCCAAAUUAGCUGCAUUUCAUGAGUGCUAAUGAAGCGUGCAGACGAUAUGUUCUUAUCCCAGAAGAAACUAGGUUUUCAUUACAUGUAUUCGACGGCCGGUUUUCAUAAUUCAGUCCAAAUGAAGCGCAGACAAAAGACUAAGUCACUUUUAUUCUGCAAGUAAGUGUGUAGGUGUAGACAAAAGUCACAGCCUGUGCAUCUCCUUAGAAACAGUGCUCCAGGGAAAUAUUCAAUCAUUUCGGAGGAUCCCUGUUCUACUGGAGGCACUGCUCUGGUUAUCGAGCCCCAGGUCAUCAAUCAAAUGCAAUAUCUUAAAUCACAUCGUAGAAGAAGAGUAAAUCUCUGCACGUUGGAAGAGAAUAAUUGAUGUUUGCUAAAAAUAUAGCUGUGGGGUAAUGUGUGAAGGCAGCGUUCCCGUCUCCAGGCGUCAUUAUCAGCUGCAUUCACGUGUAUUGUAACCGAAGGACACCGGUGCACAUUGAGAACGGCAAUGUAAGUGUAACGAGUGUCAAAGCACUUCAAUCUGAUUAUAUAUGCAAACCUGACACUCAAGGCCACAUGACGCAUCUUAUCAUGUGCUGUUCAUUUAUUUUACAGCAGGCCUGAGUCGUCUUCCUCCUACCAUACAUUUGACAUCAUUAACUGUCAUUUUCUUUUGCUUGAAUUUCUGCAGACUCGUGUAAAUGGCUCCUAUUUUUAUACAAAGAUGGACCUGGAGGGUUUUUUUGUUGUUCCUGUACAAAAAUGCACUAUUGACUGCUGCAGGUCAACAAUGAUGUCACUUUCUGAAAUGCACAGUAUGGUAACACAUGUGCUUACAGCCAUAGACGUAGGCUUAACAAAGGCAUACACACACGUAAGACUAAACAAUCCUGCACUAUGCAUAGAUUAUAUUCAGACAAUCUGUCCCAUAGCGCAUCCCCUCUGUCACAGACCAAGACUAUUCAAGAAUAUGACCGUGUCCCAUACGAUUUAACACUCACAAAUAUUCAAACGGACUUUUCUACCACAUUUUGGAUAAUUCAUUUUUCUAAAGCGUCAUAUAUUUUUAAUGCUGUGUGUUUUUCAGGGGCUACUGGGAGGCUCUGUUUGGAUUGCAAUGAAUAACAGUCUGUUUGGGGUUGAAUGGAAUCCAGCACUUGGUAAUUCCUUUUUAUGCAGGCGAAGGCAGGUACACAGGUGUGAAAUGUCUGCAGGAGCUUUAGCUGUUUGACUGAAAAGCACAACAAAGGCACGCGGCCGCCGGAUGGACAGAGUGGACUCUAUGCGUAAUGUUCUGAAGGAACCUAAAUGCAUCGUCAGCUCACUGACCGUUUUCGGGGUCAGCUGUGUAUAAGCCAAGAAAUGAGUCUUUCCCUGAGAGUUUAAUACACAGUAAACACACAUUAUAUGGAGUAUUAUGCACUGAACCUGUCAUCUUAGCUCAUCUCAUUAGAGGACACGGCGUAUCUGGACCCUGUCGGCCUGUCACCCAGUAUUACACUGCAACAUUAGUCAUGUUGUUUAUCAAGGAUCCACUCUUGUUGCCUUUCAUAUGUUCAGAGUCAUUCAGCCAUUAGUUUGUCACUUGAACCUGUUCUGCUCUUUGCAAAUUUCUCAGAACAAAUUGAUUCCAAUCUCCACGACGACGCAUGACGUAAGCCUGCAAAGGGAAAUGGUACAGUAGGGUUUUUCUAUUAAUCUUUUGCUGUGAUGUUACUGGUGAAAACACUGUAAACCUGAAAACAUGCACAGACAAAGUGUGAGUCGUGGCUGUCAAAUUGAGCUUUUCUUAGAAAUGUCUAUUAUACGACCGAUAAAGAAAAUCGUGCUAGCAUUUUGAGUUCACAACGUAAUGGAAACAGUAUUCUUUACUGUAUAUAACUGAAAUUUUUAACAUGUUUGUUUUUUUCUCAGCUUUUUGUAUUUGAUGGCCAGAUGCAGUGGUGUCACACGUCAGACUACAACACAAUUGAUAAUGAAACCACGUACAUUGAAUUGUUACUGUCCUGUAUAUUUGUGCAAAUGUCUCAUUUGCCAAUAAGGAGAGGUGCAGUCAGUGUCUUACUCUUAUUCCAGUGCUUAUGUUUGCGUUUGGUUGUUUUGGUUGUUUUUUUUUAAUAUGAAAACUGUGAUUUUUCUAUGUCAAACUCUUAUUUGUAAAUAGGACACUUCAUCAGCAUUUCCAUGCAAACCUGGUUCAGCUUUGAAACGCGCAAACCUGGUCUCUUCUUGCAAAAACACAGUCCAACUAGGAAUAUGUGGGGUAAAUAUAUCUACAAUGUGCCGUUUCCUUAGUUGUUAGCUAAUGAAUAAAAGAUAUGCAUUCAUCUGA